AUGUACCGCCUGCCGGCUAGGAUGCGCCGGGCCGACUCCGAAUCUAGCGCGAACUCCUCGUCCUCGUUCUCUAGGCACUCGCCGACGGUCCCCCCGCACCCGGAUCUCACCGGAAAAAUCAGCCAGCCGGCCGCCGCCUCAUGGUCCCCACCGGCCGACGCCUGGGGGAGCAGGAGGGACGCGACCGCGACGAGCGCCAGCAGCAUUUUCCAAAUCACGGCCAUUGAUCGGAAGCGAGUCUUCCUCUUUUUGUGGUGUGGGGAUGGAUGGAUGAGAGAGAAAAAGCUAGGUAACAAACAGCUAACAGCAAAUGCCAGUGGGGAAAGGAAAAAGAAAAUCAAUGGCCCCUUGAUAAUAAUGGAGGCAGGGGUUUAUGGCGUGACGCGUUUCGGUGGAUACUAA